CCCGUCACUCGCUGGGGAAGAAAAACAGGCGGAGCCAGGGCAAUCGACGCUGCCCAAUCAGAGCAAAGCACUGGCGCAAGCGACGCUGCCCAAUCAGAGUGAGGCGUUGGCGCCAGCUUCCCUCUCUCCGCCCUUUUCCUUUCCUCGGCUCCUCUACGCCUUCUCUCCUGCCCACUGGGCGCCGCUGGCUAGCUAGGCCACAGAGUAAGCCUCCAGCAGGGUAGAGUGACGACUCGCAAUCGGAAGUUACUGUUGAAGCUAAGGCGGCCAUAACUGAUCAUGGCACGGGAGUCUUCUGGCUUCCUGUCUCCAGUGUGACGUAGUUUUCCCUUCGCCCAAUGUCACCGUUGCCCUGGGCAACAGCUGAGCCGUCUGGGAAGAGAUGCAGCUGUAAGUAGGCCCAAAGAGACCAAAGUUCCUUCUGUAGGCUUGAGUCAAGAACUUAACAGUCAUCUUGGUCAUACCGGGUUGGAUGCCUAAAGCUGCAGGAAAAACACCAGGUGAACUUUCAGGUUAAUCGCUGAAGCACCAACCUUUUGUGAUGUUGUAUUCGUGUCCUAGUUAUCUUUGGAGAUGUGUUUCCAGAGUCUCCCCAGCAGGAAAAAACCGUAUCCAACAAUUCAGAUAUGGCGGAAGUGAAGUCAAUGUUCCGGGAAGUUCUCCCAAAACAAGUAAAAGGAUGGCAAAUGAAGCACUGUUUCUUAAACCUAGAAAUCUUGUUAUACUCAAGACUGCAGGGCAGUUGUCUGUGGAAGAUAUAACCACGAUGGUGCUGUGUAAACCCAAACUUUUACCCUUAAAGUCUCUGACUCUGGAAAAACUGGAGAAAAUGCAGCAAGCAGCACAGGAUACGAUUCGCCAACAAGAAAUGGCAGAAAAGGAACGGCAGAUAACUCACUGAAUGAUGUAUGUUAUAUAACUCACUAAUGAAACUUGUUAUGAAUUUAACCACUUUGUUUUGUAGUGAACAUAAGCUAUUAAAAAACUUUUGAACCCAAA